AUGGUCUACCUGUCCGCCUCCGAAGCCCGGCAGCUGCUCCACAACAAGUUCGUGGUCGUCCUGGGAGACUCUAUCCAGAGGGCUGUAUACAAGGACCUAGUACUUCUGCUGCAGAAAGACCGCCUGCUCACCACUGAUCAGCUGAAGACCAAGUACCUCGAGGCCAUCUUGGAAGAGUUGCAUUCCGGCGAGUAUGCCCCAGAUGUGUUCAUCAUGAACUCCUGCCUCUGGGACCUCUCCAGGUACGGCCAGGACUCCUGGAAGAGCUACCUGGAGAACCUGGCGAGCCUAUUCCGGCGCCUGGACCAGAUGCUACCCAAGGAGUGCCUCCUGUUAUGGAACACUGCCAUGCCCGUGGGUGAGAAAAUCACCGGGGGCUUUGCCCUGCCGGAGCUCUGCACCACCUCCUUACAUAAAGACGUGGUUGAAGCCAACUUCCACAGCUACGCUGAGGCGCAGAAACACGGCUUCGAUGUACUAGAUUUGCAUUUCCACUUCCGCCAUUCCAGGAAGCACCGGCAGCGAGAUGGUGUGCACUGGAACGAACGUGUUCACCGACACCUCUCCCAGCUGCUGCUCGCCCAUGUGGCCGACGCCUGGGGGGUGGACCUGCCCGACCGCCCGGACCCCGUGAACGAGUGGCUCAGAGGUAGACCGGUGAGGGGUCGAGGUGGCCUGGGGGUUGAGAGGCAGCCUCAGGCUAGCAGAGAUCAACAUGCGUUGCUUCCGCUCCCCACCCCUCCCCCACUCAUGUCUCCUCUUUCCUGCCAACCCCAGCUCCGUUUUCCGCCGCCAACCCCACCGCUAGCACAGACGUCCCUAGCAUUCCCCAUCCCACAACCUCAUCCCAUGCCACUUUCUCAAGACAUGCCCCAUUUCCUGCCCCCUACUCAAGAUUCCUAUAGUUUCUCAGGCCAGCCUCCCCAGUCGGGUCAUACGUCCGACUAUUUCCACUUGGAUGACCCCUUACCUGCCCACACAGAAUUUGCCAUGGAAGGAAACUUUAUGUUUAGCCCCCAGUCAUAUAUGCCAUCUGCCCCUACCCCCUGUUUUCAGACCCCUGCCCCCCUGGUUCAUAGGGGUUUCCCCCGGAAUCCCCCUUACAACCCUUACACUACCUGGAGACGUGGUGCUCCUGUUCACUGGCGAUCGCGGCGAUCCAGAACUUCAAAGAAACAGGCAUCCAGAGUCAACACUCAGUAG